AUGAAUCAGACUGUAUUGCCAUGCACGGUUACAGGCCAUAGUGUCACUAACCCUUCGUUAGUAUCGUUGGGCUAUCAUGAGAAGUAUUUAGCAUUUACAGUAUCCCCGAACCUACUGGCGGUAACUGAAUGCGGUGGCAAGCUAGACUGCUUGAUAACUGAUUCAUCUGCGGUCUUUUGCCCGGUUGAGGAUUUCACCACGGAGGUCAUAUCCGUGGUGCGCGUCCACGAUGAAAAGGACCUGCUGUGCGUUGGGACGACGGAGCACGGGGUUUAUGUGACCUCCGUUACGUCACCCGUACUAUCCAGUGAAUCCCGCCUGCCGCUGCAGUUCACUGGUGAGCAGAUAUUUAGCGCGUGUUUUUUAUCGGUAGCUGCCUCUCUGCUUUCCGGUGCUAAAGGCUCGACGUUGCAUUCGAAAUCCGAGGACCUUUUGGUUCUUUCCUCCGCCUUUCUGAAGCACCACGACGCCUCGCCCCAUCGACUGUCGCUGUGGCACGUCCGAGAGAGGUGUCUACUCUGGCGGGGUCCGAUGGAGCCGAUGCGAGCGGUCUGUACUUUUCCGAGGACGCCCUCCUUCGCGGGUUGCUUUCACGGCGCGCUGUCGCUCUUCACGGUGCGUCGCGCGGAUGCCGGGGGGUCUGACGCGGCGGGAGGGGGGCCCUCCGCCCUCCCCAGAGACAGCCAUCCCGGCCGAAAGGGCAGCGGCGUGACGCUGUUAAACCGCGUCUGCGAUACUGUUGAGGUGUUGAAGGGGGUUGAGUACGUGCACUGCGCGGCGAGUCAUGAUGCCAAGAAGUGCUCCUUCCUCGCGCUCACCGCGACGGGUUUUUUGGUAGCGUUUGACCGCUUUACUGGCGCGAUUAUCCGAUGGAUGGAUUGCAAAAUUAGUCCCGCGAGGUCUGUGUCUUUUGCUGGGAAAGGGAAUUAUAUCCUGCUUUCCGGCGCUUUAGCUCGUUUUUUCCUAUCAUCGAACUGGGGGUUCUGUGGUAGGAUCAAGGUUGAGGGCACUGCCGCCGGUGGCCCCUUUCCAGAAGUACACUUCACCGCAGGGGUGUCCAUUGGAUCGUGUGCCGUCCUUUUUUCAAGCAAUGGCGGUCAUUCGAUUCAGCAUUUUGUUCAGUCCUCAACUGCAACAACGACUGCCAACGGCGGUGCGAUUGGCGCCAAUGUCGCCCCCCCUGUGACCGGGGAAAUGGCCACUGGCGGAGACUCGCAACAAGGGCAGAAACUGCGGUUCCACCAACGGUCCUUCUGCUGCCCUGUGGAAACCGGCGAGGUUGAGGGCGAGCAUUUAGUGCAGUGGAUUCGACCAUCACCUUCACCUUCGCCACAUGGGACCUGGUGUCUGUGGACCCGAAGGUAUCUUCGUCUGUACUCGCCGAAGAUGUUCUUGCGCAAACAAGUUGUAGUGAAUAGUUCUUGUGCUGUUUACCAUGCUGCAAGUCGCGUACUCCUGACAUAUGAGCUGGACAACGCCGAGUUGGUGGCCUAUGCUGGAGCGGAUGAGUGGCGUGUGGCUACCAGUCUUCGACAAGCGGAACCCUUGAGCAGCUUAUGCGCAUGUGACUCCACCGAUGUCUUUGCUGGGUAUUGCCUGGAUAAUCAUAGCGUUUACGCAUUCAGUAGCUCCUGGAAGUCACCCACGAAUAAUGUCUGCACGACACUUGAUUUAGUGCCGCUGUGGGUUAGACGUUUCGACGUAACAAACUGCCCUUUGAAUCGAAUUUUUUUUCUGGGAAACCAACUCUACGGCAGCACCGCCAACACAUUGGUAGAGCUUGAGGGAGGGAGACUUUAUGCUUUCGAUCAAUCGAUACUUUCAUUCUGCGUGGCGGGCACGGGGGUUUUAAUUCUUCACACGGACAGCUGCGUGUACUACGUGCCCGACAGGGGGUUCCUUAAGUCGCUUAAUUUUUUCCCCUCGUCGUCUCCGGUGUACGUCACCUAUGAGCGGACCCUUGACCUUGUGGCCAUAGCCGACUCCCAUCGUGCGUACAUCAUGCGCCUCGGCGACGCGUCGCCUUUUUGGGAAGUGAAACAUUGCUUCGGGAGCCACCCCUCUGGGGCUAGGGUCAUUGGUGCUAUCACACUCCGUGCCGAUCCCAUCCACCUCGUAUUGAGCAUAUUGGACGCCCACGGAAACUUUGCUGAGUAUGCCCUCAGAAUAGAUCAACUCACCCAUGGGCCCCGUUCUCAGACGUUGUCGACGGCGUCGCGAUUUCCUCGAAGCGGUCGUUUGUUGGACACGAAAAACAGCAAGAAUCUGGCAGCGGACAGUUCUCGAGGGUCUCGGGUUAGGGCGCUUUCCGAAGGCACUCCCACAAACCGUGAGCUAAGGGAUAGAUUUGAUGCUCUUUCAGGUUUUUUUGCGGAGCACAAAAAACAGCGUGUCGCCUCCAACCGCGCGCGCAGCCAAACAUUGAGUGCCGGGACCCCUUCAUCUACUCCACGUCAACUACGAAACGACGACCCACCCGUGCCUCCCAGCGAUGUCGGCAUUGCAGAUGAGACGGUGGUCGAGUCUCCGCAGACGGGCCCCGAUGCACCGAUCCCUGAGAGCGGUCUACCAGAGGCUGGCCAAAAGAAGCCUUUGUUCAAUCUUCAAAGUCGACGGUCACCCGAUGUUGGCUCGCUAUUGGCUAGACCUGCUGCACCGUCUAAGGAUGUUACAAUGAAAACAACACCACGGCUUUCUAAUCAAAAUGCUUCGGAGUCGGCGGUGUCGAUGUCGGCAAUAGUGGACGUUUCAGCACUUACACUGCCGUCCGACUCCUAUGAAAUGGAGGGAAACGCGACGUUUGUCAGGGGUUUGGAGCAAGCAGGUCUUGCUGAUGCUCGGCCGCAGCGAAGCCCCUCAAUCCCGUCACGAAAUACAGUUGAUGCACAGGCGAAUUUCGACGCGGCAAAUCUCAAUGCCAUCGCACCUGCCGAGGACGUGGUCAACAAUAGCUUCACAGACUUCACCAACCCAUACUCGCGUCCUGCACGUUUUGAUGCAGGUGCGCAGCUUCCGCCCAACUAUCAGAGAACACCUUCCUGUACUCUUUCUUUAUCUUCCACAGCGAGGCUUUCGGAGCACACGCGACAGUUGCGCGAAUCCCUUCAGCACCUCAAAGAUCUGCUAGACCAACCAGAUCUCCGCAUCGACGCUGAGGAUGACGUCGAGCUCAGCAGACUGCCAUCUCUUCUUAGCGCUGUUGCGAUCACACUGCAAUCAUGUCGAGAUCGGCGAUCCAAUGAUACAUCUGCGAGCAGUUCGCUUUACAUCACUGAUAAUGCGUUACUUAAGGAUUAUUCCCAGGUGCUUCUAACUCAGAUGCAGCUUAUUCAGCAGCAGAACCGACAUCUGGAGGAGCAAAACCAAAUUAUACUAGAAAAGUUGUUGGGAAAAAAUGGGAAAUAG